UUUCCUGGGAAAAAGGCAGGCCGGAAGUCCUUUUCAGUUUCAUUUAUUAUCACAAAAGUCUGCCAUUCGUGUCAGUUUUGGAAAAUGACGGAGGAGCAAUUGAACCGGGCGUUGGACCUGAUGCGACGACUCCCACCUCAGCAGAUUGAGAAAAAUCUCAGUGACCUGAUUGACCUAGUUCCUGAGCUGUGUGAGGAUCUUCUGUCUUCUGUGGACCAACCACUAAAAAUUGCCCGUGAUAAGAAGGAAGGAAAAGACUACCUUCUCUGUGAUUACAACCGUGAUGGAGACUCUUAUCGUUCCCCUUGGAGCAACACCUACGAACCACAUCUUGAAGAUGGAACACUGCCAACUGACAGACUGCGCAGGCUGGAAGUAGAAGCCAAUGCUGCAUUUGAUCAAUAUCGUCAAAUGUAUUUUGAAGGUGGAGUCUCCUCUGUGUACCUUUGGGACUUGGAUCAUGGUUUUGCUGGAGUUAUUCUCAUAAAACGAGCCGGUGAUGGUGCACGAAAUAUUAAAGGAUGCUGGGAUUCGAUCCAUGUCAUUGAAGUGCAAGAAAAGUCAACUGGUCGUUCGGCGCACUAUAAACUGACGUCGACAGUAAUGCUUUGGCUGCAGACCAGUCGCCCUGGUUCCGGUACGAUGAAUCUUGGUGGAAGCUUAACACGUCAGAUGGAACAAGAUGGAACAGUUAGUGAACCUUCGUCGCACAUAGUAAAUAUGGGCCGUCUGGUCGAAGACAUGGAAAACAAAAUCAGGCACACUUUGAAUGAAAUCUAUUUUGGGAAGACCAAGGAUAUUGUUAACGGUCUACGUUCCAUUCAGCCGUUGGCCGAUCAAAAGCAAAAGCAAGCAUUUAGUGAAGAUUUGGCAAAUGCUUUGCAGAAGCGACAAGGCAAAAGCGAUCCCUAACUGAUAUAUUAAUUAUUAUUACUUGCAUCUUCCUAUAAUUUUCCUUAUUCAACCAAGUUUUCCCCCUCCUGUAAA